AUAUAACCACAUGAUGAGUUCUGAUAAUUCACCAGUAACCAUCAAGAAGGUAUUCUAAAUUUAAACAGCCCGUAGAUUCUAACCAAAAUUUUCGAUAUAUAUUCAUGAUGUUUCGUUGUCGUCUAAAAUAAAAUGGAGGUUAAUUAUUUAUUUUCGACAGUGUUGAUAGGAUUAAACUCGUUUUUCUUCAGUGUUCUUCCUUAUGUUUUCUGAUUCAUUUUCAGUUAUAAUUGGCUAUCGUUUCAGUGUUUUUCCGUAAUUAAAUAAGAAUUUUGGCGAAUUCGCUUGCGAAAGAUGUACGUAGCUGUUUCAGAACUGACUACUACUUAGUCGUUCUUUAAACGAUUCUUAUUUCAUGGAAACUCCAGAUGAUGGCUUGAAAUGAUGGACACUGGCUCGUCUCCAAAACUGACUUAUUUCUUCCAGCGAGGUGAUGAUCGCGAAAUGUACAAAGUGCCUCGGUUCUCUACGGAAGACGAUGACUCUGACUACGGGACAAGUUCGGCGAACGGUGUGGAGGAAAGGCUGUGUUACCUGAGGGACGGGAAAAGGAAGGUGGAUUUCGUACUCGUCUACGAGACCGUGGGUCCGUCGAGGCGGGGUUCGGUACCCGCCAGCCAGCUAUCGGCCGUACAGGAUAAGAAGUUGAUGAAGCAGGAGCAAUGGAGGCGGAAGUUCAUGGAGAACUUGAGCAACGCAGGGCUGGACAUGGAAGAGGAAGUGGUUCAGAGUUCUAAUCGGAAGCUGGUAUACUUCAUUAAGAUACAUGCCACUUGGCCUGUUCUGUGCCACUAUGCAGAAGAACUAAAUAUGAGGGCACCCUUACAGGCACAUCCGAACCCUUCUGUCAAUUGGUCAGAGAUUGCAUUGAACACUUUGAGACUGCCUAAUAUUAUGUAUCAAGAUGUUCCUUGCAAGCCAUUAGAUUUCUACACAUGCCCUUUUCGUAAAUCUAAGAUUGACAGAUUUUUAGGAAGUGAAAAUCAAGAAACAUUUUUCUCUAACACACAAAGAAGUCGGAUAGUGUAUGAAAUAUUAUCAACUGCUAUGUUUGGUAAGAAGAAAAAAGGCGAAGUUGGGAUAGAUCGAUUGGUCGAUGAGGGAAUUUUUUCUUCAGCCUUCCCUCUUCAUGAUGGUCCUUAUGAAGUGAAGAAGAAUUCAAAAUCUUCUCCAAUGAAUCCACGACAAGUAUUGUACGAGUAUUGGGCACGCUGGGGUUGCUGGUACAAAUAUCAACCACUGGAUCAUAUUCGAGAAUACUUUGGAGAGAAGAUAGCCAUUUAUUUUGCAUGGUUAGGAUUUUAUACAGGCUGGCUUCUUCCUGCUGCCAUAGUUGGACUGUUGGUAUUUUUAUAUGGUGUUUUCACAAUGAGGUAUAACCAACUUGCUGUUGAAGUAUGUGAAAAUCCUAGAGCUUUUAAAAUGUGUCCACUCUGUGAUGAGAAUAUUGGUUGUAAUUAUUGGUAUUUGGAUGAUAUAUGUGGUUAUGCUAAAUUGGCAUACCUCUUUGAUCAUCCUGGCACUGUAUUUUAUGCAGUGUUUGUUUCGUUUUGGGCUGUAACAUUCCUUGAAUACUGGAAAAGAAAAUCUGCCUCCUUGGCUCACCAUUGGGACUGUAUGGGAUUUCAAGAUGAAAUUGAGAGGCCUAGACCCGAGUUUGCUGCUCGGGCUCCCUUUCUCGAACGAAAUCCUGUUACUGGGAUCCAAGAGCCAUCAUUUCCAAGAUCUCUAAGGAAUAAGAGAAUAGCUGCAGGACUUGGCAUUGUCUUCCUAAUGAUAUCUCUUGUUAUAAUAUUCAUAGUGGCUGUGAUAAUAUACAGAGUACUUGUUUCUAUUCCUCUUUUUCAAAAUGCUACAUUCAGGUCACAAGCACAAGCUAUUGCAAAUAUGUCUGGUGCAGUAGUUAACCUUUUUUUAAUUAUGGCAAUGAGCAGAAUAUAUGAAAAAUUAGCAUAUAGGCUUACUUCAUGGGAAAUGCACAGAACUCAAACUGAAUUUGAUGAUAAUUUGACUUUCAAAGUUUUUAUCUUCCAAUUUGUAAAUUAUUAUUCUUCCAUAUUCUAUAUUGCUUUCUUCAAGGGAAGAUUUGUAGGAUAUCCAGGAAACUAUACGUUAAUUAUAAACUUGAGAAAUGAGGACUGCAGUGCUGGAGGAUGUUUGAUUGAACUAGCACAACAGCUUGCUGUUAUCAUGAUAGGUAAACAAAUAAUUAAUAAUGCUCAAGAAAUAAUUGUGCCCAAACUGAAAGCAUGGUGGCAUAAUAAACAGGUUAAAUUGCCUAAAAAGCGAAGGACACGGUGGGAAGAAGAUUAUGGGCUUGUUGAUUAUGAGGGACUCUUCGAGGAAUAUCUUGAAAUGGUUUUGCAAUUUGGCUUUAUAACAAUAUUUGUUGCUGCAUUUCCUCUUGCUCCUCUGUUCGCUCUCCUUAAUAAUUGGGUUGAGAUAAGGCUAGAUGCGCAAAAGUUUGUCUGUGAAACACGCAGGAUUGUUGCAGAGAGGGCAGAAAACAUUGGAAUAUGGUUCAAAAUCCUUAAUAUGCUCGCUCAUCUUGCUGUUAUAAGCAAUGGUUUUUUAAUUGCAUUUACGUCAGAAUUUCUACCCAAGCUGUUAUAUCAAUAUGAAUAUAAUUGGAACUUAGAAGGAUACAUAAAUUUUACAUUGGCCUAUUCUCCGAAUGGAACUCUUAGAGAACAGUGUCGUUAUAGAGGACUGCGGGAUGAACAUGGAAACCAUACACCAUUUUUCUGGAGACUUCUAGCAAUACAAUUUGCUUUUGUGAUAAUAUUUGAGCAUGUAGUUUUUGGAGUUUGUCGCCUUAUCGACAUAUUAGUCCCAGAUAUACCAGAAAGUUUAGAACUAAAAAUUAAAAGAGAAAGAUAUCUUGCCAAACAAGCUUUGCAAGACUCUGACACCAUUAUGAAGGUGGCUGCAGGGGUGGAUGACUUUGGAGAACGGUCUCGAAGGAUGGUUCUGGACCUUACAGCAGAAAUAAGCAAUGAACUUCAUCCGCCAGAUCCUCUUCCCCCAAAACGAUCUCUUACCUCUUGCAGCAUGAAUCAGCAUACAAGGGACAGGCCCAACACCUCCUGACAUUCAACCCUUUGAGGCUCUACUGAUCUGGUACCUUUUCCUCUUCCUGCAAAUUCGCGCUUUUCUCACAUGUGAAAAACAGGCUGAACGGAGGCAUUUCACAAGCGAUGAAGACCUUUCUGGGCUUGGGAUACCAAGUGUGCCCAGGUCGUAGAAGAAACGUGGGGGGUUACUUUGAAGGCCGGUGAAAUGUUACGUUUUUGGGGUGUUGCAAUUUAUUCAGGAUGCCACUGCACAGGAUUAUUGAUGAUAAUUAUUCAGAAUUAUUUAAUAAAAAUUAAUUAAUAAAAGAUUAGUUAAACA